UACACGUUUAUGAUAGCGCCGGGGUAACAACACUGAUUGAAACUUUCAUAUACGGACUUAGCGAAUAUUUCCUUACUUUGUUCACCGUCAUUUGAGUCAAGCUGUAUACUCUGUUGCUUGUUCAGUUGCAGUUUCAAAAAGAAGUCAUUAGACGAUCCUCUUCAUAUUUUAUAGCAAUCUCAUCAAAUUGAUGUUAUAUAUCGUUGAUUAAUUGGAUGCGGAUAGGUGAAGAAAUUUGACGCGAACUCAAUACUGACACCUUUUUUUUUUAUCAAAGAUCUGUUCCAUAGCAGAUCUUUCACAUUUCUGAAUGACUUAUUUUUCAUCAUCCUAAAUCUUCGGAAUCCUCAGGACGACAGAGGAACCUAUUAACAGCAUUGACGAGGCACUUUUUUUGUAAGAGGUCCGGAUACUUUGAAUAAAUCAGGCUUUCAUAAGAAGAUUCUUUGGAACAAGCUUCACGGUUUAUCACCAAAAAUGAAUACUUCGUGCGUAUCACUCGUCUUGGUCAUUCUUUCGGCGAUUUCGUCGGUGAACUACGGUUUCCCCCACAGUACGCUGCCAUCAAGUACUGUAGCUGACGUCAUAGAAGUGUCGACCAAUCAAGAUGCAUCUGUGGGUCUUGUGCGUACUUCAGCCACUCCUAGCGAAGAAAGACACACAAUGAACACCACGCCCCUUCCUAAUCCCUCCACAUCAGACCACGGUGAUGAUGACGAUGACGAUGCUACAUCAGUCUCAGGGCUUCUCGAUAGCGACGUUAACGACCACGCCCCUACACACGAUGUGAACGGUGCCGAUGAAGUUGGAAGAGCUGUUGCGGAUCUUUCUCAGGGCGCCGUUAAUCAAGGUGAUACCCACAACAACGAUAAUACAUCUACUGCUCAGAAUGGCUUUCCAUGGUGGUCACUUAUGCUCAUUCUCUUGGCUACGGUUGUCAUCAUCAUCGCCAUCGCCUUCCCGUUCGUUCUCUACAACCGCCGGCUCAACAAACGACAAGCCGUCAUCAAGAACAAUAAACGAGCGUCGGAACUCAUCGUGGAUUCAUGGGUAGCGGCCUCGCAAUCUUCCAUCCCUCCCGUGUCACCAUCGACAUCGUCUGACAGCGGUCACGAGGACGAUGUCGAAACGACUUGCAAACAGGGCAAAACGACACCGCAGUCGGAUUGGGGCACGUUCACUAUGGAAGAUGGUAACAGCCAUGACAUCAUCCUCGGGGCAGAGGGAGGGUGCUGAAAUGUACAUGUAAUUUGACAGAAAAUUUAUCUCAAUUAUAAAGCAUUGUUGUAAUUUCACAAACCACUUUAAAACGUUUCCGGAAGUAGGCUUAUACAAUGUUUAAUAUGAUAUCAAGUAGAAGAUGGUGGCUUGACGGCUGUGUGGGCUGACUUCCCGUAAAUGGAAUUCUGUUUUUUGUUGUAGACAGCUAGGUACGGUAGAUCCUACAUCCUGGCUGUCCCCUAGGAAAUUGAGAUCACAGGGGCUAUAUGAUCCUUAUUAAAGUCACAAUGAUUCGCCAUUUGUAAUAUUUUCUAUGUAUAAAAUUAUUAUUCUCCACUUUAUCAUCGAAUGACUAGGGCUGGUAGUUUACUCCUUUUGUAAAUAUAUCGCUCAGUUCCAAUACUCAAAAUAGUGCAAUAUCAAAGUUUACAAUAGGAGUAUAUGAUUGACAAUACUGUAAAACAUUACAAUCAAUCAUAAUAUAUAAGCCACAAAAAGCAUGACGAUGCUUGAACAAAUAUGUAUUGAUUACGCCUAUUAAAUAAUGUCUUCAUAUAUUAACUAAAUUAGUUAUAAAACAAAAAGGGUUUAGUAUUUCGAGGGAGAGAUUAUAUUUUGUGUACGAAUUGUAUGAUAUAAUUGAUCAUAAUAGAGGUACUAUAAUGACUCAUUUUAAAAGUACAGAAAAUGUCUGAAAGCGGUUUAAAAACUAUGAGAUGGUAAUGGAUAAUUUUAUUCUCAUCGCUACUAUUUUGAUAAUCGCGCCAACCUGGUAACUUUAUAAGGAUGUAGGUUAUAGAAUGUUUUACACUCUUUCCUGAGCGUAGGAUGCGGGAUUUCCUAUGAAUGUUUUUAAUAGAGAUCAGAUGUAAUCAGUUGUUUAAUGUGUAUGAAUUAGUCUGUCAAACAGACACCAACUCAAUGUAUUCUAUUCUAUUUCAUUUUAUCAAUUUAUUCCACGCUAAACUUCAUCAUGUCGAGAUAUCAUUACACAAGAUUAACCAAUCGUGUUGGUCAAAGCCCUAUUUUAAGAGUUAUUGCAUACAUGUGCAUAUUAAACUAAAGGUUUUAUAUAGUGUGAUGCAUUAAAGCACUUAACAUUUUCACAAGAUCAUGAUGAUCAUUAAAUUGUUGUGAAUUGUUUAUUUAUUUGGUUCAGAAUGUAAGUAAAUAAUCCUGACAUUUUACGGUGGACAAUCUUAGCUUAUUUUCAACAAGAAUGAUAAGAAUUCUCAUCGUUAAAUGCCGGGUACGAAUGGUUAACAUAUAAUGGGCAAAACGCUGUUGAGAGUUAUCGAAAACAUAAUACCGCUUAUGAUGCUAAUGUUGAGUUGGUAAAAGUCUGCUACUAGUAAUUGGAAGCUAACAAUGUUCAAAGGAUUAAGCUAUGUUCUGUGGAAUUUGAUAUCGAACUUACGGUUGUUUAUUAGAAACCUACAUGUAUAAUUUAAACAAGUGUAAUGGCAAAAUAAUUAAUGUCCUAUAUUACGUGGAAAUUUAAUAUGAUUAUGAGUAUGUUAUGAAAUGUAUAUUGUAUUCGCAAAAUAAUGUAUUAUAUUGUUGAUGAUCAUGUAAAUAUAGUGCUGUUUUACAGUAUAGAUCAAAUCGAAAGUGUGAAAAUACUUUUAUAAAAUCACUGUUACAUGUUGUAUCAGUAAUUAUGCUUGUCAAACUCUGCAAUUUGAGUAAAAUUUUACAAAAUACGAGGUCGAUCCAAUUUUUCAGGGAUUCACCAAUACACAAGUUUUGCAGUCGUAAUCAGACACCAACAAUGUUUGUACCUUCAAAUCAUAAUUAUGUAUACAUCGUUAUCCGAGUCUAUAAUUUAUGUUGAUAUUGAAGUUGCUCAUAUUUUCGUGAUUGUAUGAUAGUGAAAUCUGAUUUUAAAAUAUAUGACCAUUCUCUUGAAUAAUAUAUAUAAUUUGCCUCAAAUACCCAUAGUGAUCCAUAAAAAGGCAAUUAUAGCCAAAUACGUAGGGUUUCUUUUGCAAUUGAUGAUUGUUUGUAAACAACAUUAAGAAGUGGUUGAUAUAUCUUUUAUCAUGACUGCAACUAGUGAAGUAAGCAACUAUCACCCUCUAUCGCUUAUAAUUGAGCCUAAUAUUUGCCCCUAUACACUGGCGGCUCAGAGUUGUCAUGAUAAGUAUAUUAUCGAAUAACAAUUUUCCUAUUAUACACCCUUUAAUUUCAAAAUUAUAAAAUCUAGAAAAUCGUGUACGAAUAUAUACAUACUGCAUAGGCUAUAUCUUGCCUGAUAAAUCCUUGGAGUCGAAAUUCCUAUUUGAUACUUGAAUGGUGUAUCGGAUCGUUAAGUGACAUCCCGCUGAUCCUAGACAGUAUUGGUCCUGCUCAUGCAUCUUACUAUAUGUUAGGGUUAGGGUAAGGGUUAGGUUAAAGGGUAAGGAUAUAGUUAUCCUGAUCCCUAUCCCUAACAGCGAAUGAUAAAUCGGUCAAAUAUUUUUUUAAUUUUCUUUAAAUGAAACUAAUAAUAUGCAAGUCUGUGCAAUUUGACAAUAAAAAGGAGCAACAAAUUACUGAUGAAACAUUUCGUUUCAAUGAAGUGAUUUCAAAUGAACGUAGUCUGUCAAUGGUGUAGAAAAAAUGAGAUAAAAAACGUUGAAAAGCGCCACUAUAAUCAUAAUAUUAUGAUAUAUGACAAAGAUAUAAUGAAAUACCUUACAAUGCAAUCUAUUUAUCUUAAUAUUUAUAGAAUUCUAUUUAUUUGUCCUUUGCCUACCCUCUUAUCACUAUCAUUUGGAAGGAAUGAAGAAUACAUGUUGUAUGCUGUCAGAAAAAAAU